AUGGCUACACAGGCUAAACGUUUUGAGGAUCUCAACGCGGAGAAGACUGAAAAGACUCAGCACUCAUCUGGCAGCUCGUCCAACGAGCCCACCAAGAACGAAGGUGGCGGUGGCGUUUACUUUGAGAACAAGACCGCUGAAGGCAAGAUAAUCCUCACCGAGGAUGCUGCACCUGAGUGUACUGCACUUGCUUUCUCCGAAAAAAAGAAAUGGGCAAUUGCUGGCGUCGUCGCAUACGUCCAGCUGUCGAUGAAUUACAAUGCCUCAGUCUACAACAACGCUCUAUCAGGAAUGACUGAGCAUUUUGGCAUCUCAACCCCUGCGGGAAAAACUGGACAAAUGAUUUUCUUGGUUGCGUACGCUUUCGGAUGUGAGUUGUGGGCGCCCUGGUCUGAGGAAUUUGGUCGUUUCCCGAUUCUUCAACUCUCCCUAUUUUUGGUAAACAUUUGGUGCAUUCUUUGCGCUCGUGCUCCUAACAUUGGAGCUAUGAUUGUUGGCCGUGGUUUAGGCGGUCUGUCUUCCGCUGGUGGUAGUGUUACUCUUGGAAUGGUAGCUGAUUUAUGGGGCCCUGAUACUCAACAGUACGGUUUAGGAUUCAUCGUUUGGAGUAGUGUAGCUGGUUCAACUGCUGGUCCAAUCCUCGGUGGAUUCGUAGAACAAUUCGCUGGACCAGGACCAGCAUGGCGUUGGGUCUUCUACACGCAGCUUAUCUGGGGUGUCUCAGCUCAGCUUUUGCAUUUUUGCAUUCCAGAGACCAGAUCGACCAUCAUGCUUGACAGAGAAGCUAAAAGAAGACGCAAAGCAGCUGCUAAAGAAGGUAUUGAACUCAACAUCUGGGGUCCAAACGAAGUACGCGAGCAACGCCUGAGCAUGAAGGAAAUUCUCGUCAUCUGGUACAGACCAUUCGAGAUGUUCAUACGCGAGCCAAUUGUCUUGUCUUGUUCACUGCUCUCUGGUUUCUCAGACAUGCUUAUCUUCAUUUUCCUGGAUAGUUUCGGUAAAGUUUUCGCACAAUGGGACUUCCAGACUUACCAAGUCGGUCUCGCCUUUGUCUCUAUUCUCAUUUCAUACUUCUUGGGCUGGGUCAGUUUCCUUCCAUUCUUCAGAAGACAAGAGUUGAAGAGAAAAAGGGGUGUCUUUGUACCUCCGGAAGAGCGUCUUUAUUGGUUACUUUGGACCGCCCCCCUGGAAGCCAUCGGAUUAUUCGGCUUUUCUUGGACCUCUUUUGGACCUGAUCGUGACGUACAUUGGAUUGCGCCUUUGAUAUUUGCUGCUUUGAUCGGAAUAGCAAACUAUGCAAUCUACAUGGCGACGAUCGACUACAUGGUUGCAGCUUACGGACCGUAUGCCAGCUCAGCGACUGGUGGUAACGGAUUUGCAAGAGAUUUCUUAGCAGGAAUCAGUGCAAUGUUCGCUUCACCAUUCUACAAUCACUUUGACAAUAACACAUUGGAGAUUCCAAGUACAAUUCUCGCUUGCAUAGCGACUGUGCUUAUCAUUCCAAUCUUCCUUCUCUACUUCUACGGUGAAUCAGUCAGAAAGCACAGCAAGUUUGCGCAAACUCUGGCUAGUGAGCGUGAAACAACGGACCUUCGCCACCAAGUUCGUGACGAGAAGACGAAAAACACGGAGCAUAUUGAAAACAACGCAUAA